CUCUUCAUAUAUCUGCAGGUGUGCCGAUGUCAGCUCGUUUACCGCGGACACCUUAUCAUUUACGGAGCCGGAGGUAUAUCACUGAAGUCACUCAAAAUCCCAUGUGGACAAUGAAACGUCCAAGAUCGAAUAUUGUAAUGAUGGUAGACCCUAAGAGGCAUAGAACAUCAGAAGCAACUUCUGUUGAUCAACCCCCUGACUAUAAAACAGAGAAAGGUGCACCUGAGACAAAGCAGGCUGUUGGUGAAAAGGAAGUUGCCGGCACUUCUAUAGAAGGGCAAGACCAGACUAUGUGUAGUACACCAUCAGCUAAAAUUUGGUCUAAUAAGAAAAAGCAAUCAGAUCCUGCUGUCGUGAUUGCUUACAAAAGACGACAACGCACACCACGUACCAUUUCUGGUGCAGCUGAUCAGCAAGCUAUACAAAAUGCAACAACAGGAGGUGCAUCCAUGGACACAGUUCCAGCAAGCACUUUGGCGGUGAAUCAACCAUUGUGGGAUCUGAGCCCAGCAACUUCCGUACAAAAAUCAACAUAUGGCAUAGACUUGUUGUCACAAGUUGCCGGGGGGACUGGAGACAUUACUAAUGUUGAAGUGACUCCUACUCACACACUGCUCCGCCGUGAAGCUAUCAGAGAUGAUGUACACGCAGCAGAGUCAGAAACUCCAACAGAGACAAACAAAAACUCAUCAGACCCAAGGCGGAUUGCACAUGAAAGCACUGUUCCAGCUGCACCUGUUGAAAAGCUAAAAGGAGCAGAGGUGCAAGCAAAUGCAUGGCAACUUGUAUCUAAUCACAUAACUUUCAAUAAUUUUUUUUAGAACCAUAAAUGUGAUGAAGCAAGGCUACCUGUAUCUAACUUGUCGAGUUUUAAAAUCUCCUUCUGCUCGCCCUGUACAUAUGUUAUGCAAU